AUGACCAGUGGCUACGCAUGUCAACGUUGUUCUCAAUUACCUCCUCCACCUCCAAUGUUUACUAUCAGUCCACCACCAAAUAUAUUAUCAAUUGAAGCUCAUUGUUUAUUACGUUCAUUAUCACCAUCAUCAAUUGAAAAUAAGAAAAGUACUUCAUCAUCAUCAAUAUCAAUCGUUUUGGGAAUUAUAAUUGCUUUUCUUAUCACAUUUAGUACUAUUGUCUUGAUCAAAAAACGACGACAAAGACAUAAAUCAAGGUUUAAUAAUACAAUGAAGGUCACUUCUUCAUCAGUCAAAUUCAAUAGACAUCAUCAACAUAAUAAUAACCAUCAUCAAAAUCGAACAAAAUUUACUCCAUUAUUAAGCGAUAGUUGUAGUAGUGAUCAAACAUCUAGUAUACCACCAAAUGAAUAUCCGUGUACAAAUGGUGUUAUUGAACCUCUUUUAACAUGUGACGUUCAACAUGAAUAUGAACAAAUAAAAUCUGAUGAUUCAUUAUCUGAAUCAUUACAUUACUAUUGUCUUAUCUAUUGUCGUCAAUGUUCAAAUUAUCAUCCGACAUCAUCGUCUUCAUCAAGUUCAUCAUCAUUAUGUCCUCGACCAAAUCUUAUUCGACCAUAUUAUUUACCUUUAUCUACUAAUCCAACAUGUCAACAUCAAUGUUCAUGUUAUCAUCGAACAUAUUAUCAACGAAAUGAUAAUCGUUUUUUUGAGCUUCAACCAAUGUUAAUGACAAAAAUUGAUAAUAAUAGUGAAGAUUCGAAUAAUCAUUUGAAAUUUAUUGGUGAAAAACUACCAAUUUAA